UCCUCAUGGGUUAAUGGUGCUGCCAUCUAUCGGUCACGUUCUCUGGUAUGGUGGUGUGACUAUUAUCCGACAUCGUGAAUAGUAGCAACACUUUAAUGGAGUUUAUAAAUUAAACAAUAACGUUAAAAAUCCACCGGAAACCAAAGACAGGUACUCCUUCAACUCAGGAUGCACCCGGACCUGUCGCCACAUUUACACACUGAUGAGUGCAAUGAACUGAUUUCACUGCUCAAACAGUGUCACAGAGAGCACAACUUCCUCCGGUUCUUUGGAACGUGUAACGACGUGGACCGAUCGAUGAGGGAGUGUCUUAAGAAAGAGUAUCAGGCAAACCGAGAACGCAGCCAAGCUCACGCAGAGGAGAUGAGACGGCGGCUCAGGGACGGACCUAAAGCUCAACCGUGAGACGGACGUUCUGUUCGAAAAU